UCCGGAGGCACCACCCCAAGCUUUUCUUCCCCCAAAAAUCUGACGUGUCCCUCCUCCGCUUUUCUGCGCAUCGCCCCCUCCAAAACCGUGCUCGGUUUCUCCAUUCUUCUCCUCCAUUCCCUCCUCCUCCUCCUCCAUCUUCUUCGUCUUCGUCGUUGCAGAGCUUCCGAUUUCUCCCUUCUCUUCUCGCGCGCGGCUCUGCGAUUGCCUUCGGCUUCGGGCACCGUUGUCGGCGUUCCCUUUUUUUGACCGUCCGUCGAACGUUCUAGAAGGCUUCCUGGUCUCUCCGAGAGAGGCGGGACCCUGUCUCCGUUCCUGCGGAUUUGGAGUGAAAUCUGAUUCCAAGGGGAGCUUUUCGUCGCUCGCUGAGGCGGUUUUCUUUUGGGGGGGGGAGAAAAUCCGAUUCGAAGGAACCUUUUUGGUUUUCUUUUGGCGCUCGGUAAGUGCGUGCUUGGAUGGACUUUGAUUCGGCUCUUUUCUCAAUGCGGCGAGCGAAUGAUUUUGAGUUCGAUAGCGGGGGCUUUAUUUUGAGAAUCUCGAAUCGCGUGGCCGGCACCGGUUCGGGAGUUUGGCUGCAAUGGCUGGUGAGGCACAGAAUGAGGUUGCAGUAUCAAGUGCCUUGUUCACCGUUCCCAAUCGUCCUUCCAAAGUUGGGUCACAAUUGGAAGCUGUGGAUAAUCUGAAAGAGUUGCAGGUCCUGGAAAAUGACCAGACACCUAAGGUGAGGAAGCCUUACACCAUCUCCAAGCAAAGAGAGAAAUGGACGGACGAAGAGCAUGAGAGGUUCCUUGAAGCUUUGAAACUGUAUGGCCGCGGUUGGCGUCAGAUAGAAGAGCAUGUAGGAACCAAAACUGCAGUUCAGAUACGAAGUCAUGCCCAAAAGUUCUUCUCUAAGGUUGCUCGCGGGGUAAGUGGCAGCAGCGAGGGUGUGAUUAAACCAAUCGAAAUACCUCCUCCACGGCCAAAGCGGAAGCCAAUGCAUCCAUAUCCGCGCAAAUCUGUCGAUUCAAAGGAGGUGAAACUGUCCUAUCAACAAGAGAGGUCUCCAUCUCCAAUCUCUUCGGUAGCAGAUGAAAACACUGGAUCUCCUACUUCAGUUUUGUCUGCUCAUGGUUCAGACAUGCUGGGAUCAGCAUCUUUGCAUCAACAAAACAGAUGCUCUUCACCGACUUCAUGUACCACUGAUGUACCCUCUAUUGGUCUAGCUGUAAUUGAGAAGCAACCUGAAAUAUUCAAAGAAGAAGAUAAAGGCUGUCUCUCCUCAACUCAGAUGCCCAGUGGCUUGACCUUGGGAAAUUUACCUUCAAUGAAUUGUGAUUUAAGUUCAAAAAACACUUCAUCUCCUGAGGAAAUUGGAGGCACUGAAGCACCCUCCAUCAAGCUCUUUGGAAGGACAGUUUUGGUCACUGAAAUCCAAAAACCAGAUCAUCAAGAAGGGGCAUUAAAAAAUCACCUGCGCAGAAGACUGGUGAAGACGAUUCAGUUACUGAGGAUGAGGGACUGGGUAAACCUCUAUCUUCAGAAGAAUUUGACAUGCAGUUGUCUCUUGGACUAGCUUGUGGUAACAAUGGAUUCUUGCACUCUGGUGCCCAUGCUGCCACUGCCAUGAAACUUCAGAAAGAGGAUGUUGAAUCUUCACGGUUUACUUCUGAUUGUUUCUUGCCAUGGUGGCCUUUGUACCAAGGUCCACCAUUCAUCUAUGUGACACCAUCUGACUCAACCUUGAUUCAAGGACCUUUAGAUUCUCACGAGGAUCAAAAGAUGGAAGUAGAGGAAAUUAUCAAGGAAACAUCCAGCGAAACAAACACGGUAGCUAAGAAAACAGAAGGAUACGGUGAUAAUAAUGUAGAAAACAAUGCGGAUGGUGUUUUUCCCAAGUGCCAAAACACUUGGAGCGGAGAACUCACCCUGGUGACUGCAAGAAGGGUUUUGUGCCUUACAAAAGAUGCUUAGCAGAGAGAGAUGUCAAGUCUCCUGUAAUUGUUUCUGAAGAACGUCAGGCACAAAGAACCAGGGUGUGUUCAUAACACUGCCUACUCAGGUAAGACACGAGCUUAUCUGGUAGCAUAGAACCUGUUUAUAACUGAUCCGCAUGAUUCUUGGACUCCCUCUGCUCCGCAAUUGUGUAAUAUUCCUCUACAUACGAGGGGGUAAGGAGACGAAGUACGCAUAAUUAUUUUUAACUUCUAAGUUAAGCAUGUCCAAUUAUUUCGAAAGAAUGAUUGGAAGAUGUACGUGCUGUCUGUACCAGCCAGAGCCUCAUCAUGAUCUUCUGACCUUUUCCUUGAUCUUUAAGUAAUUGUAACCUUUAUUGCUAAAAGCAUCUCCUCUUUUGGGUUUUAGAAACGGUUACUACGAUUUUGUAAAUCUUGGACUGAAUUUUUGUUUAUCAUUUUUUGACGGAAUAAGACUCCGUUUAUUCGAAACCAGUCAUGUGUUUAUGCUUCAGCUCAAGAUUUUAGAGACUCAUUUUGACUUUAAUUCUCUAUACAAUUCUGGCUCUGAUGUCAUUAGUUA